AUGGCGCCGAAAUCAAAAACGAAAAAAUCCGCACCGAAAUCGAAAAAGGUCAAGGAGGCCAAGCCGGCACAUCCGUUUUCGUCAGCGGCCGUGGAGAACGCCUUCUACUUUGUCCGGACAGCCCCUCGCCUUUACUCAGCCAUCGACUACUUUAAAACCUUCGACCCGAAAACCUCGGACAAGCAAAGGUUGCACAGUCACUGGAGCAAUGCGCUGCAGAUCCUUCUCGACUCGCCGGAGCAGCAGUAUUUCGACCAAGGCAAACGCUUGAAACUCUGUUGGGAAUCACCUGAAAAUGGUCUUGGAACCUUCUGGCAGGAGCGGGAAGAUGCCAAGACUGCCAGUGACAUUGAGGACGCUGCCCGCGACAACAUUCGCAAGCACUCUAUUCGCUCUGCUGAAUUCAACGUCUUGGGUGCAAUUCGUAACUUAGACGACCAGAGCCGUAGCAAGAGGGUCAGGCGGGCGAAGAAGAAAGCUCUCGGAAAGGAAAAUACCGAUCCUGAACAUUUCGCCAUGGAAAACGGCCAGGGUUCUCACGCCACUAGCUCAUAUACCAAGUCCCGGGAGGGGAACGACAACGGCACCCAAGAUUCCGAAGCGCAUCAGAGCAGUGGAUCUCCGGAGGCUUGUGAUGGUAACCAGGUGCCAGAUGGACCUGAAAGCCCGGCCGCUGAUUCCAAUGUUAGUCUUGCAUCCAUGCAUGGACCCCAGGAAACUUUUGAUACUGACCAGGUUUCAGAAGGAGAUAAUACUGGCAGGGAUGCUGGAGACGAUGAUGACCUGCUGUCACAGAAAUCAACAGCAUCUGAAUGCGAACGUGAACGUUCGCUAUCAAGGGGUAUCUAUUAUCUCACUGGAGACGGAAGCAAGGAUUGUUCAAAAGCUUUGUGGACUCCAUGGCUUGUCAAUGGCGAAGAUCUGGCUCCCACAUUGUGGAAGUACCGCGAACGUGCUAUCGAUGCCGCUCAACGCGUGGUUCCUCUCACGAGCUCAGUUGAGAGAUUGGCUGUGAACCACAUUUACCUGUUUGAACGGAACGAUGUGGACAGUACAUUGUUUGAUGCCGUUGGGCUCGAGGAUUGGCGGGCAGUCACAUCUGUCACAAUUGAGAAGGGAGUUGAAGAUACCACGAUGCUAGAAUUGCAAAAACUCGCUCUCGAGCUCAGCAACUUAAGUUACCGUGAAGCGGAAGAGCUGAUUUUGAGCUGGAACGGCGAUACAAGUAUAAAGAAGGUGCUGGUGGGAUUGGUCGAGGGUGAUUUUUUGAAGAAGAGUCUCGAUGAGAACAGCUUGGGCCGCCGACCCGACUUCAUGCUGAGGACGUCACUACGUGGAAUUAUCUGCUACCUUUUCUUUAUGGAGGCUAAGAAAGUACGUCAAGGCGCGGCGGUUGUUCAGGAUGAUCUAGAGAAGAUGGCGGGCAUGAUGAAGGAUGCGAUCGAUGACUUGAACAAGCAAGGAAUCGACGUUGGCAAUCUGGAGGUAAUCGGUCUCCAUAUUGUUGGAACUGAAGGACACCUGUACGCCAUGAAACUGGAGGCCAGAGGCAUCUAUGUGCUCCGAUCGAUCGCGGUCAUCUAUGCUCCUAAAUCACAUUUCAAUUUCGGUGUGUUGGCCACGACAAUCAAUGUGCUAGUGCAUGUCCAAAAGCGACUUGAAAAGACAAUCUCGGACAUCUUGGCAAGCCAUGCCGCAGGGGAACAAGGACAGGACUUGACGUGCCCUGGAUUCCAUACACCGACUCGUGUAUUGAAGGCGUAG